UUUCUGGUUUUUUUUCCCAAGAGCGCCGCACACAACUGCGCAAGAGAUCGAUCGCGAUCACCCUGCUCGUCGCCGAUCUCCUACACCAUCCCUGCCAUCUCCUUCCCCUCCACUGGCUGCUGCUGCACCUGUCAGCUAGGGCGGGCAUGGCGCGCCGCGCCGCUUCCCGCGCUGCUGGCGCCCUUCGCUCGGAGGGCUCGAUCCAAGGGCGAGGGGGCCGCGCGGGGGGCAGUGGCGGUGGCGCGGAGGACGCACGCCACGUGUUCGACGAAUUGCUCCGUCGUGGCAUACCAGAUGUCUUCUCCUACAAUAUUCUUCUCAACGGGCUGUGUGAUGAGAACAGAAGCCAAGAAGCUCUCGAGUUACUGCACAUAAUGGCUGAUGAUGGAGGUGACUGCCCACCUGAUGUGGUGUCGUACAGCACCGUCAUCAAUGGCUUCUUCAAGGAGGGGGAUCUGGACAAAAUGCUUGACCAGAGGAUUUCGCCAAAUGUUGUGACCUACAACUCUAUUAUUGCUGCGCUAUGCAAGGCUCAAACUGUGGACAAGGCCAUGGAGGUACUUACCACCAUGGUUAAGAGUGGUGUCAUGCCUGAUUGCAUGACAUAUAAUAGUAUUGUGCAUGGGUUUUGCUCUUCAGGGCAGCCGAAAGAGGCUAUUGUAUUUCUCAAAAAGAUGCGCAGUGAUGGUGUCGAACCAGAUGUUGUUACUUAUAACUCGCUCAUGGAUUAUCUUUGCAAGAACGGAAGAUGCACGGAAGCAAGAAAGAUUUUUGAUUCUAUGACCAAGAGGGGCCUAAAGCCUGAUAUUACUACCUAUGGUACCCUGCUUCAGGGGUAUGCUACCAAAGGAGCCCUUGUUGAGAUGCAUGGUCUCUUGGAUUUGAUGGUACGAAACGGUAUCCACCCUAAUCAUUAUGUUUUCAGCAUUCUAGUAUGUGCAUACGCUAAACAAGAGAAAGUAGAAGAGGCAAUGCUUGUAUUCAGCAAAAUGAGGCAGCAAGGAUUGAAUCCGAAUGCAGUGACCUAUGGAACAGUUAUAGAUGUACUUUGCAAGUCAGGUAGAGUAGAAGAUGCUAUGCUUUAUUUUGAGCAGAUGAUCGAUGAAGGACUAAGACCUGACAGCAUUGUUUAUAACUCCCUAAUUCAUAGUCUCUGUAUCUUUGACAAAUGGGAGAAGGCUGAAGAGUUAUUUCUUGAAAUGUUGGAUCGAGGCAUCUGUCUUAGCACUAUUUUCUUUAAUUCAAUAAUUGACAGUCAUUGCAAAGAAGGGAGGGUUAUAGAAUCUGGAAAACUCUUUGACUUGAUGGUACGAAUUGGUGUGAAGCCCGAUAUCAUUACCCUUGGCAGGUAA